CGCCCGCAUGAGGCGACGAACGGAGAGGCUGCGAGCAACAAGAAGUUGAAAAGAAUGCACCCACCAAUGGCUCUGCAGCGCUGUCUCCCGCAGAGUUGAUCGCGCAGAAGCGCGCGGAGGUCGCAGCGAAACUGGCUAGCAUGAAGAACCUUGCGGCAGGGGGAUCGAAGCCGACAGGCUCGGUCGCAGCUCCACAGCCCAUUCGCGCCAAUACAGGACUGCCCGCAAAGCCAACGGCCGCGUCCACCCCUGGUACUCCCGGGGCGCCUGGCGCGUCCGAUGACUUGGCGCGUAGGAUUGCAGAGGCGAAGCGGCUAGUCGCGAGCGCGCAGAGCAAGUUGGCGAACAAGGACAACCCUUACAUGGCCGUCGCACAGUCGAGCAAGAAGAGGACACCAGCGGCACCAGAGCCACUGCCGGUGCAGCAGGGAGCUGGCUUGAAGAUGGCCGCGCAUCCGCUGUUGCUGGACCAGACGCCCACGGUGCCACAGUCCAAGAAGGACCGAUACAAGCCCAUGCAACCCAAGUUUGCCUCUAUCAAGGCGAAUGCCCGCAACAUCGCUACUCCUACUCCGCCGCCUGCCUCAGUGACCCCUACUCCAGUCGCCGUCGCGAAUCCAUACGCUGCGGCGGCUGCCAGCGCGUCAUCUGCAAUCUCCAAGAGCGACUUCACGGGUGCGCCACGCGAGCGUACUGGUCGACAAUUGCGCUUUAACCCCAAGGGCAAAUUCGUUGCGCAGGGUAACCAGCUCCGCCAGGAGGCCAAGCUUGAGGAGCUCAAGCAGAAGAUCGCCGACAGCGCGCGCAAAGCCGGCCUCGAUGGCGACGCCGUCAUGGGCAUCGGGUCGAACGUGCGCCGCGCGCCGCCCCCGGAGGCUGAGUGGUGGGACGUGGCCCUGUUGCCGAACAAGAAGUACGACGACCUGGAUCUGCAGGAGGGUUUUGCGCACUUGAAUAUCCGCAACCCUGACUCGCCGAUUACUAUUUAUGUGCAGCACCCCAUUCCGAUUCCCGCGCCUGGGGAUAAGGACAAGAUUGCGCUGAAGCCGUUGAAGUUGACGACGAAGGAGCAGAAGAAGAUGCGGAGGUUGCGUAGGAAGGCUGAGCAACAGGACAAACGGGAUCGGAUAAAGAUGGGCCUGUUGCCGCCGGAUCCACCCAAGGUCCGCUUGGCAAACUUGAUGAAGGUGCUCACAUCGGACGCCGUUCAAGACCCCACAAAGGUCGAGGCCAAGGUCCGCCGCGAAGUCGCCAACCGCAAGCUUGCGCACGAGAAGAUGAACGCGGAGCGCAAGCUUACCGACGACCAACGCCGCGAGAAGAUCCAGGCCAAGCAAGCCGAGGAGGAUCGCAAGGGCGUGUGGGGCGCGGUGUACAAGGUCCUCAAGCUGAGCGACCCCGCGCACCAGUUCAAGGUUCGCAAGAACGCGGAGCAGAACGCGCUCAGCGGCAUCUGCAUCUUCCACCCGGCGUUCAGCCUGGUGUACGUGGAGGGCGCGGCGAAGUUUAUGAGGAAAUACCGGCGGCUGAUGACGGAGCGGAUUGACUGGACGCAGGCGGCGCAGCCGCGGGGCGCGGAGGAUGUGGAGCUGGAGGGAGAGGACGGUGGGAGUGCGCCGCCAAUUGCGUCGACUUCGAAGGAGGGCGAGGCCGAUGCGGUGGGCUUGGAGAACAACGCAUGCUAUUUGGUGUGGGAGGGCCCUGUGCGCGAGCGCGCAUUUAGCGGGUUCAAGGCGAAGGCUGCGCCGACGGAUAUGAUGGCGAAGGAGACGCUUGGGGACAAGUUGAAGGGCUACUGGGACAUGGCGAAGAACUUCAAGCCGGAGGAGGAAGAAUUGUUUUGAUUGUGUGUCCGUCCGUCGUGCUUGUAUCUUGCGCUUGCCCUACCUUCUAUGCUAUGUUACUCACGGAUGAAGAUACACGUGUCCAUCUCGGCCAUUUUUAAGAGCUGAGGCUUCAGCCCUGCGAAUCAAGAACUACAGGCUUGCACACCCCUCAAUUACUUGGUGUUGGAGAAGGCUGCAUUUGUGGCGUAACUUGUUUGUCUCCCGUCUCCUGCGCUCAUCCAAACUGCUGAUGGGUUUCACGCAGGACUAUAUGCUUCGAACGUUUCUGUUACAUUGGUAUUCGAGGCGC